AUGAUCGACUCAAACCCACCACUCUUGCACCGUUAUGGAGCACUUGUGAGAAAUCUUGCUGAACCCCAACAGGCUAAAAGUUUUAAUGAUCAAAAUCAUCCUCUAGUGGAUGCAUGUGAACUGCCAUUGAUAGACCUUAAUGGUCUUAAAAGUUCUAAUGAAAGUGAAAGAAUAGCUUGCACUGCUGCAAUAUGCAGGGCAGCAUCAGAAUGGGGAUUUUUCCAAGUAGUAAACCAUGGCAUAAAUCCUGAACUACUAAGAAAUAUGAGAGAAGAGCAAGUGAAGUUGUUUGGAGUACCAUUUGAGAAGAAGCUUCUAAAUAACCCAUACAGGUGGGGGACAACAACAGCUACUCGUUCAAAUCAGUUCUCGUGGUCAGAAGCUUUCCACAUUCCUCUCAACAUGAUUUCAGAAGCAGAUAGUUGGGGUGAAUUCAGUUCUUUAAGGGAAGCAAUAAAUGAGUUUGCACCAGCUAUGUUAGAAGUAUCUAGGUUAUUGGCAAGCAUUCUAGCAGAAAAUAUGGGACACCCAAAGGAUGCAGUUGAAAAACUGUGUGAUGCUAGCACAAGCUUUCUGCGGUUAAAUCACUAUCCAUCCUGCCCAAAAUAUAAAGAAGAAAUUUUUGGAUUAGUGCCUCACACUGACAGUGAUUUCCUUACUAUCCUACAUCAAGAUGAAGUUGGUGGACUCCAACUCAUGAAAGAUUCCAAAUGGGUCGCUGUAAAACCAAAUCCAGAUGCUCUAAUUGUUAACAUCGGGGACCUUUUCCAGGCCUGGAGUAAUGAUGAGUACAAAAGCGUGGAGCACAAGGUCGUGGCAAAUGACAAAAUUGAAAGAUACUCCAUAGCAUACUUCCUAUGCCCUUCUUACAGUACCAUGAUCAAUGGCUGCAAAGAACCUUCUGUAUAUAGGAAGUUCACGUUUGGAGAAUACCGACACCAAAUUCAAGAAGAUGUCAAGAAAAUAGGACACAAAAUUGGACUAUCAAGAUUUCUACAUUAA